GACGUGUACAACAUACGAUUGGCGACUCGCUCAUCUCCGCCAAAAUCCUUCAAUUCUCACUCUGCUAUGCCCAACCUCGUCUCACAUGUGCGUGUGAUGCAACCACAUCCAAUAUCGGGGAAAAACCGGUCACAUAUUUCCUGACAAGUGGACAGUGAAGAUGAGUCGAAGUCCGAUGUUGCUGUCAUCGUCAAUAAUAUCUUCCAUCAUUACGCCACAAAGCAGGCUUUUAUUUGGUGGACGUGGGAGCAAAUGUUGUCGUCAAUUUCACGGCACUUCAAGAAUGGCAGCAUCAGCAGCAUCCCCUUUGUCGGUGGAAAAGAGUGGUUUAGCAAAACUAAGGAAAAGUACGGGGUACUCCUUUUCAAAAUGUAAAGAAGCUCUGGAGAAGCAUAAUAAUGAUCUCAAAGCGGCAGAGAAAUGGCUGAGAGCAGAAGCUCAAACUCAUGGAUGGGAGAAAGCUUCAAAACUUCAGGGUAGAGCGACAGCGCAGGGUUUAAUCUCAAUCUUGGCGUCCCCACAGAAUGCGGUCAUGUUGGAGAUGAAUUGCGAAACGGAUUUCGUUGCAAGGAAUAAAAAAUUUCAAGCUUUGGUACAGAAAGUGACACAAGCUUGUUUUGUGGUAUCUCAAGAAGCUAAUAAUAAUUCUUCAUCCAACAUCUUUAAGCAUCCUCUAAAUCACGAUGAACUAUGCAAUAUUCCCAUCCGUGGAGAAAGACAAGAACAGCACUUAAUAAAAGACGAGAUCGCACUGACAAUCGGCGACAUUGGUGAAAAUAUCCGACCAAGAAGAGGACUUUCCUUACAAGCUGGAGAAUCCAUAGUGCUGUCUGGAUAUACCCACCCAGCAUCUCCAGAAGCCGAGAAGCAAAGACUUGUUCAGUUUGGAAAGUUUGGAGCUGUUGUUGCGUAUAAAGUACUGAAGCCAGAUGUAGCAAAAAAUUCUGCAAGAGUGGCAGAAAUCGGGAGACAGCUUUGCCAACACGUUGUAGGAAUGAAUCCUCUAGAAAUUGGGUCUAUGGACGAACCCCCUCCAAAAAGGAAACCCGUUGAAGAACCUCAGAAAUUGACAUCACCACCCAGUCCUGCAGAGGAUCAAGAUGUAGUUGACGAGUUAGAUGUCCUCUCCUCAAUGCCAACCAGAAGUGAGCCAGAAGUUGACGAUGAGAGAAUUCUUCUCAACCAAGAAUUCCUUCUCGAUCCUGGCUUCACUGUCCGAGAGUUUCUUAUUCAAAAUUCUGUCGAAAUUGUUGAAUUUGUUCGUUUUGAAUGUGGUGAAAAUGUGGAAAGUCAAUGAAAACUAUAUAGAAUAAGAAUUAGGCUUGAAUUAUAAAUAAAUUAACAUAAUAUUUGGUUACAACAAA